CCGCGUCUGAUGAAGACACAGCCUGGUUCCUGGCUGCCCUGUUAGCCUCUCAGGGUCCGAGGCACUGACCUUCCCUGCGUGGCGAAGGGUCCUGAGGAUCCCGCUUUCUCUAAACCUGUCCUGCUGAGUGAACCACAGCAGGGAGUGGGUGGUCCCAGCACCAGAGCAAGAGCCCUGUGGGGCCCCGGGCAGAAGAGUGAAGCUGGAACCUUCAGGGAACAUGAGUGAAUUUUGGCACAAACUGGGCUGCUGUGUGGUAGAGAAACCCCAGCCGAAGAAGAAGAGAAGGCGGAUUGACCGGACCAUGAUUGGAGAACCAAUGAAUUUUGUCCACCUGACUCUUAUUGGCUCCGGCGAGAUGGGGGCAGGAGACGGACUUGCCAUGACAGGUGCAGUUCAGGAGCAGAUGAGAUCCAAGGGAAACCGAGAUAGGCCAUGGAGCAAUUCUAGGGGCUUGUAGCUCCCAGCAGGAAUGGUCCUGCCAUCUUGAAGUUCCCAUUCUGUGUCCAGCCCAGAAGAAAUGCUGCCCCCAACCCAGAACCCUCCUAGAACCAGUGACCCAGAGGCUCUUUUCUCCCUAUCUGCCUGACAGGGCCUCAGAAGGCUUGGGGGCUGGACUCCCUGCACUCCCUCUGGCCACAGCCCCUCCUGGAGAUGGGGUCAAGGCAGCAGGACUGAUGUUGGCCAGAGGAGCUCAGCUGAAACCCUGCAUAUCCUCAGAUCUGAGAAAGGAGUUCUCUGGGAACCUGGAAUGAGUUCCUGUUCUCCUGAAUGAUGGUCUGGGUGCCACCGUUUUUUAACUCUUAACCCGGAACUCCUUAAACGCAGUAGGUUGGCAAGAAUACCAAAGCUGAAGCCGGCUUUGCGGAAAAGCUCCCUGCCUCCCUGGCCCUCUGUUUCCUCCUGGAAUGAACUAAA